AUGGAUACAAAGCAGAAGAAGCGUUCUCAUUCAGAGACCAAUGGCUCUCAGAAAGCUCCAAAACGUCAAAAGAUUCAAAAGACAUCCAAGAAGCAAAAGAAAGCCGCGCCUAAGAAGCCAGUUGCCGUGGAUUCCUUACCAUGGAACGAAGUAACCAUGCCAGAUAUGUUCGAAGAUGCUGAGGGUUUCUAUGGAUUGGAGGAAGUAGACGAUGUUGAGGUUGUAAGGGAUGGCGAUGUUGUUACAUUUGUAUCUUCCAAAAUCCAGACGAAAAACAACGAGGAUGAAGAGUUCGAAGGCUUUGGGGAUGAAGUUGAAGAUGGUGGGAAUGCCGCGACGGAUAAUACUGGCGAAGUGAAGCCAAUUUUGAAACCUACGGAAGAAAGCACGAAAAACGACGUACCGCAGGGAAACAAACAAAAAAUAGAGAAGAAAGCAAAGCCCGAGAAGAAAGACAAGAAAGAAGGGUCAAAUACCGAAGAAGGAGAAGAAAAGGUACCAAGCAAAAAGGAGAAGAAGCAAAAACAAGAGAAGCCGCAAAAACAGCCAGUUGAUAAAGAUGCUACCCUCAAACAAGAUCCUCUUAAGAAUGUCUUCGAGGCACUUGACGAAGAUGCCGCAGGAGAAGUCGAGGUUUCAGGUUGGGUGGAGCUAGAUCUUUCAUCAAAUACUUUAAUGGCAUUAUCAAAAAUGGGCUUCUCAAAGCCAACUCCAAUUCAAUCAGAGGCUAUACCAGAAGUACUCGCGGGACAUGAUGUUGUUGGAAAGGCAUCUACAGGUUCUGGAAAAACAUUGGCAUUUGGAAUACCGAUAGUUGAAAAGUGGCUUGAGGUAUAUGGAGAACUUGAUGAAGAUGAACUCAAGAAGAGCACAAGACCUCCAACCGCUUUAAUUCUUUCGCCUACGAGAGAAUUGGCGCAUCAAUUGACUGAACAUAUCACAACUUUAUGUAAGGGCAUGCCUACAAGUCCAUAUGUAGCUGCUGUUACUGGAGGACUUUCUGUACAAAAACAACAACGUCAAUUAUCCAAGGCAGAUAUAAUAAUCGGUACACCCGGUCGACUCUGGGAAGUUAUCAGCUCCAGCAAUGAAUUAUCAGCUGGUUUGAAACAGGUUAGAUUUUUGGUCAUCGAUGAAGCGGAUAGACUUUUGACCGACGGGCAUUUCAAAGAAGCAGAGGAGAUUCUAAAUGCGUUGGAUCGCACGCACGGGAAUGAAGAUGAUGACGAGGAAGACACAUUACCUCCCAGGCAGACUUUGGUUUUCUCGGCCACUUUCCACAAAGGAUUGCAACAGAAACUUGCAGGCAAGGGCAAACAAUCUUUCAAGGAUGAUAGUCAAUCUAUGGAGUACCUCUUGAAGAAGCUCAAUUUCAGGGAAGAAAAACCUAAAUUUGUUGAUGUCAACCCUAUCUCGCAAAUGGCAGCAAAUCUGAAAGAGGGCAUGGUAGAAUGUGGUGGAGAAGAAAAGGAUCUCUACCUAUAUUCUCUCCUUCUACAUCAUCCAAAUCAACGUACACUCAUCUUCACAAACUCAAUCCAUUCCGUCCGUCGUCUAACCCCUAUGCUUCAAACCCUCAACAUCCCAGCCCACUCCCUCCACUCCCAAAUGAUCCAAAAAGCACGCAUGCGGUCCAUUGAAAAAUUCUCCCGAACAAACAACACCGGCUCAGUCCUCGUAGCAACCGACGUCGCAGCCCGCGGUCUCGACAUCGGAGGCGUCCAAUUAGUAAUCCAUUACCACCUUCCCCGCACCGCAGACAUGUAUGUGCACCGCUCCGGUCGAACCGCGCGUGCCGCCGCAUCCGGAUCCAGUAUCCUCCUCUGUGGCCCCGAAGAAGUAGUCGGAACCCGCCGCUUGGUAGCUAAGGUCCACGCGCAAAAUGCUCUUCACGGAGAAGGCAAAAAAUCCAAAUUCUACAUCCGCUCCCUCGAUAUCGACCGCAGGGUAGUCUCUCGUUUAAAACCGCGCGUUACCCUCGCGAAAAAAAUAGCUGAUAGCGCUCUCGCAAAAGAGAAAAAAGGCCACGAUGACGAUUGGGUUAAAAACGCAGCGGAAGAACUAGGCGUUGAAUACGACAGUGAGGAAUUCGAAGCAUUAGGCGGAGGAAGAAAGGGGAGAGGAACGGGAAGAAGAAUGAAGGAGAAAGAAGCGAGGGGUAUGAGUAAAGGGGAGGUUGGGGCCCUCAGAGCAGAAUUGAGAGCCCUGUUGGCUCAGAGGGUUAAUGUGGGUGUUAGUGAGAGGUAUUUGACGAGUGGAACGGUUAAUGUUAAUGAUUUGUUGAAGGGGGCUAAGGGUGAGUGGUUGGGUGAGGUGGAGGGUAUUGGGAUGGAGGAUGAUUGA